AUGGGAGUCAAGCAUUUGAGGGUAAUGGGUGAUUCAAACCUAGUAGUCUGCCAGACCAAAGGGAGCUUCUCUUUAAAGGAACCCAGCCUAGUCCCGUACAGAGCAAUGGCCCAGAAGAUGGAGGAAAAGUUUUCCAUCUUCGAAAUAGAACAUGCUCCAAGAAACGAAAACCGGUUUGCAGGUGCGUUAGCCGCACUAGACUCACAAAUAAUUUUCGAAAAGGAUAGCGCCGGGGUGGAAGUCAGCAAGAGGAAAGAAUCUAUUAUUGAAAUGUUGAACGAAAGAUUCCAAGAGGAACAGUAUGAAGGAGAUUGGCAGAUUCCCAUAAGGGAGGCCUUGAUGAAAGAAGAAGAUGUUGCAGAACUAAAGAUGCUAAAAGACUACACCCUGGUAAGGGGAGAAUUGUACCGCAGGAUGCCAGGUGGGGUCUUGUCCAGAUGCAUGGGACAGGAAGAGGCCUAG